AAAACAACCAAAAACAGUAUAUCACGUGCCUAUCUCUGCUUCAAGGCGGGUCUAUUGAGUGCCUCCAGCGACCACCUCUGCUCCCACACUUCUCCCUCCCUCUGACUCGUUCAUUCUUCCCCGCAACCCUUUCUUCAUCUUUUAUCACCUUCUUUCUCCUGUCUCUGUUCCCUCCCAACAACUCUCGGCCCCAUGGGAAAGAGAAAGAGCAGCCGCAAGCCGCAGGCGAAGGUCAAGAAGGUUCUUGACACUCAGUUCGAUUGCGUAGCCUGCUUCCACGAAAAGUCCAUCAAUUGCAAGCUUGAUUUCGACCAAAAGGUGGGCCACCUCCAGUGCCGCAUGUGCGGUGUCAGCUACACCUGCGCUAUCAACUACCUCAGCCAUGCUGUUGAUGUGUAUCACGAUUGGAUCGAUGCCUGCGAGGCCGUGAAUACUGCUGGCAAAGCAGCCAAGUCUGCAGCGCAGGAUCGCAACCGUGACAGAGACAGGGACAGGGAUAGGGUUCGUGAUGAUCGGGACGACGACAGACCCAGGCGAAGCAAACCAUACGACCGUUAUGAUGACGAUGAUGAUUAAGAGGGAUCAGGAAGGAUGCCAUUGAUCAAGCGGGAAUUAUGCAGGAAAUGCAUGCAGUCAGAGGGACUCAAUGGCAUUACCAUCAAAUUUUGUGCAGCUUCGCUUCCCUCACUUUCAGUCAUGGUCAUCGAGCACUUUUUUCAUUUUGUAACAUAUUUCAUACAUGGUCAGCAACAUAGGCCGAUUACUAUUAUAAUGAAGCCCCGUAAAAGACUUUUAAAACCAUUGCAGAGAUUUGCACCUCAAAUUUUUGGUAAAAAACCACAAAGGAAUAAACCGCUCUUCUU